AUGAUCCAUAACUGGGUUCAUAUACAUUUACUCAACUAGCUCCUUGCUAAGAUUAUCGGUUCUUUAAUGAUUCAUAAUUUAAAGUUCACUUAAAAAAAGCUGAAGAUAGUAAAUCCUAAUUACUCUGCACUAAAGAUAAUCAAUGAUUUGAAGUUGGUUAUGGUUCUUAAAUUAGCAUUUACGUGGCAGAUUGUUAUUAAGAGUUUCUAGAUUAAUUUUAUGAAGGGUCAGAAUGUAAUAAUGAUUAAGAAAAACUUGAAGAUAUUAUAAAACAAACUUAUCUCAAGGAACAGAUUCAAUAUUACAUGA